AGAAGAAGAAGAAAGAAGAAGAAGAAGAAUCAAUGAUGGUAACUCAAGAGGAGGGGGAGAAUGUUGCACCGCCGCUUGAAUAUGUAAAGCCAAAGCCAUUACCAAUGGAAUUCUGGGUAUCUAAUUUCACACUCCACGAGCUGGUAGAAAUCAGUCGCCUCGCGGAUCCAACGCUUCAAAAAGUCCCCCACCACAUUCUACACGGAUUUUUGGAGCGAAUGUAUAAAAAAGUUAAAGAACAGAUGGAAAAGGGAACAACUGAUGAGGACUAUUUGGCAAAGAAGGGCGAAGAACCGGUCGUUUGUGCUAUCUGCUCGGAUGAGUGCAAGCAUACAGAAGAAAGGGCCAAUUUCGAUUGUGGACACACAUAUCAUGCCAAUUGCAUUCUGCCAAUCUUGAGGACUAAGGUCAACUCCUGCCUCAUUUGUGGACAGGAAUUGCACUGCUAUUUUCCCGUCGGGGAAGGACAAUCAAUUGUCUGGUGAGACAAUUGCCUAUGUUUUCUUAACAAACAUUUUAGUCGGAUUACUUCGGAAAUUAGUUCCCAUUGUAGCAUCCUUAUACAAAAGGAAGCAUUCUAUCAUAUGAAUUAUAUCAAUUAUCUAUACCGGUACAAUGUUGUUA